UCUCUCUCUCUCUGUUUCAAAAUGUCUGCGCCCGGCGAAGACACGUUUCCCCAGCCAGAAGACGACGUCGAGGAGAUGGAAGCGAGUGGCAGCGACGAGGAUGAGAUGGAGGAAGACAAACCAGGAGGAGAAGGAGAGAGUAAAGUCUACGUGCCCGGAUUAGACCCAAUCAAACCGGGGGAAGAGCUGGAAAUGGACCGAUCGGCUUACCGCAUGUACCACGAAUGCCAAACAGGUGCCCCGUGUCUGAGUUUUGACAUUGUGAGAGACGGGGAUGGUGCUGGAACAGAGAGGGAGAAAUUCCCAGUGUCCUUGUUACUGUGUGCGGGAACGCAAGCAGACACUGCCCUAAGCAACAGGCUGAUUGUGAUGCGGAUGCAUAACCUCCACGGCACGGAGGAGGAAGAGGAGGAUGAGGAGAGCAGUGAUGAAGAGAGUGAGGAGGAAGAGGAGAAGAAACCAAAGCUGGAGCUGGCCAUGUUGCCUCACUAUGGAGGAAUUAACAGAGUCAGAGUGACUCAGCGAGGAGAGCAGUCAUUGGCUGCAGUUUGGUCAGAGAAGGGUCAGGUGGAGAUCUUUGACCUGCGACCCCAGCUGGAAGCCGUCCACAGUGCCUCUGCCAUGGCAGCCUUCACUAAGCAACAGAAAGAGGCCAAACCUGUCUUCAGCUUCUCUGGUCACAUGACCGAAGGCUUUGCCAUUGAUUGGUCGCCCUUGGUGCCAGGUCGACUGAUUAGUGGCGACUGCAAAAAGAACAUUCAUGUUUGGGAACCACAGGAGGGCGGGACUUCCUGGCAGAUUGACCAACGGCCUUUCAGCUCACACACCAAGUCUGUGGAAGACCUGCAGUGGUCACCCAAUGAGGCGACGGUUUUCGCGUCUUGCUCAGUCGAUCAGUCCAUCCGGAUCUGGGACGUACGGGCACCGCCCAACUCCAUGCUCUCAGCCAAUCAAGCGCACUCCUCAGAUAUCAACGUCAUCAGUUGGAAUCGGAAGGAACCAUUCCUGCUGUCAGGGGGGGAUGACGGUGUGCUGAAAGUUUGGGACCUCAGGCUGUUUAAGACUGGGAAUGCUGUGGCCAGUUUUAAACAGCACAGUGCUCCAGUAACUUCGGUGGAGUGGAGCCCAGACGACUCCAGCGUCUUCGCCGCCUCGGGCGCGGACGACGUCGUGAGCCAGUGGGACCUGUCGGUGGAGACCGAGUCUGGCGAGGCGGGGGGGCGGGCGGAGGGCGUGGCCGGGCUGCCCCCCCAGCUGCUCUUCCUCCACCAGGGCCAGAUGGAGGUGAAGGAGCUGCACUGGCAUCCACAGAUCCCUGGGGUCCUCAUCACGACCGCGCUGUCUGGAUUCAACAUCUUCAGGACUAUCUCUGUCUGAGCGCGCGCGCGUGUGUGUGUGUGUG